AUGGCAAACACUUCCUUGGGUCGGAAAUGCACACUUUUGCCCAUAAAUCUGAGCACUCCGAGUGACUAUAACGAGCUACAGAGACAACGAGUCCUCUGCGGCUGGAAUUUCGAAGAUGCGCAGCUUAAGGUGUGGUGCGAGGAGAUGAACCAGGGCUUGAAGUCACUAUUCUGUAUCAUGUCCAAACCAUCCGCUCUCCAUACAGACCGUACGGGUCAAACGACCUCGCCCGAGGAGCAAACCGACGACUCGCCUAUCGUACGCGUCGGGCACAUCUCGAUUGAUUCAGAAGCAGGUCCCAGAGAUCCAACACUGGCACGACCUGACCGCAGUGUGCUUACGAUCUCGACAUUGUUCGUGCUACCGGAGUAUCGAUCGUGUGGCUUUGGAGGUGCAGCGUGGCAAGCAGCAGAGACUUUGGCGACGCAAGAGCCAUAUGGGUCACCUGCAUGUUGUACCCUUACUCUGACGACCGUAAGCAAGAACCAGCCGGAUGGGCACCCUCCGCUGGAACAUGGAACUGUUGAAGGAUGGUAUGAGUGUAUGGGAUACGUGAUUUACAAAGAAGAGCCGCGAUGGCUCGGCAAACUUCCUGACGGUAGAGAGUAUUGGACUGUGGCUAGUUUUAUGAGGAAACAGCUAAAGUAA